CCGGAACAAAAACACUGACGGACCAAUCAUCGAUCUGAUGCAUAUAUCUAACAGACCGAAGAAAAAGGGAAAGGAGGAGAAAUUCUUCAGUAUUUUUAACAUUUCCCGCUAACCCGCCACAACACACCGUGGUCGAGUGCAGCGGAUGAGACAGUUACAGGAUGGAGGAUAAUACUUCAGAGGGGAACUGUACCCGUCUCCCCCUCUCCGCUCUGCGCCUCCUGAUCCCACCGGUUCGGCUGGUUUCAGCAGCGAUGUGGCAGACCAUCCAGCAGAAGGUCGUGGCUGAUUAUGGGAUGCUUGAGGAGUUUGUUUCCAUGGUUACAGACAUUGUUCCAGAGCUUCUCACCAUACGCCAGAGGGUCCAACUUAUCCUGGGCCUCAGAGCACGGCUGAUUCUGGAGCUGUGUCAGUUUGAAGCUACUGCUGACUUUCAGCUCCUUCAGCCACAACUGGACAGAGUGCAAACGCUCAUCAAGGCGUGGGUAACGGAGGUUGGGGCUGCAAAUAUGGAAGCGCCACACUCAGAGUUUGUGGAUCUAGUUAAGAACUUGCUGACAAAUCCUGACGAAAGGGAACACUUCUUUCAGAACAUUUUCCCUGAAGAGUUUGGUCCCACAUAUGAUGAAGAACUUCACACCUUGAUGUGGAUGUUCCUAUCCAGACUUGAAAGGUUCCUUCCUCUUCAGACUUUCCAACAGGUUGCCUCCAUGUUUGGUGAGGUGUCCUCAGUUCUGGAGGAAUGCAUGGACUCUGUGUGUCGACGCGAGGACCUCAAAACCCUCCUGCAUUAUCAAAAAGACCUCAGCCAACUGGAUCACAAUGAUGGGUCCUUGGAUGGCGCCUGCAUUAUUUCAGCUCUCAAACUUCCCUCUGUAAAUAGAACUGAGGCAGAUGAAACACAACCACAGGCCAAUGUCUUGAAUAAUGUGCUAUCGUGUGCAUCAGAUAUGGAGAAUGAAUCUUUAACAUUGCCUCAUACAACACAGGUAACAACAGAUACGAUCACAGAAGGCCAGAUAAGCGAUAUAAAGGUUGAUGAAACUAAUUGGACUCCUGGGGAAAACGGAACAGCGGUGCUUUUGGGUGAUGUCAUGAGACAUAAAGAAGCAAUAGGCCCUGUGGAGAAUGCUCCAUACCAUGUAAAACAGUGCCAUGUUCAGCUCAACAAGCUGACAUCUUUACAGUCUAGACCUGUGAGACGAAACAGAGGCCUGAAGAUGAAAAAGAUCCUGUUAGAAGAGAAAAGAGGUCUUCGUGAAGAGGGCCUCUCUGCCCGCAAAUCCGCUUCUAAGAAAACAAAUCUUUCAGAGGGCCCUGGCGAGGAUUCAAGCAGCUACAUCAAACAGUCGUAUUUGGCUCCUGUCAGUGAUUGCAGUGAAAACGACUCAUGGUCUUACUACUCAGAUGAGGGCUCUUGCUAUAAGACUGCUAGCAGCAGUCCCAGUGUGGCUGACUCAUGGUCUAACUACUCAGGCGAUGAGUGCUCCUCUGUCAGGGUUUAUGCUGAAGAUGAUUCUUUGUCUAGCUGCUCAAAUGAGGACCCUUCCUUCACAAGUCCUAAAAAAGUAUCAGCUACCAGCAGAAAGCAGGGUACCUCCAGCAUCAAAGCCAGCGCUCAGAAAAAGCCCUAUAAAGACCCAUGCUUUAUCUGCAAGGAGCACUUUAACACUACCCUGGGAACUCACAUGAAAACCCACUUUCCCACUGGUGAUUACGCCUGCCCGCGAUGCGACAGCAGGUUUAAACUCCUCUCAUCUUUGAAGCUGCACAUGAACAGAGUGUGCUUUGAGUACAGCCAGCAGCCGAGAGUAGAUCCGGAGAAGCCGGAUGAAGCUGCGAAUCUGUACAAAUGUGACAAAUGCCAAGAGGCAUUCAGGUACAAAGUUUCACUGGGCAAGCACAAACUGACCCACGACGAACUCUACUGCAGCGUGUGUAGGAAGGUGUUACGGGACGCAGCAGCAUUGGCGAGGCACAAUGCUUCUCACACCUCGUUCCAGUGUAACCGCUGUGAGGAGACCUUCACCAAUUUCAAGCCCUUGGUCAAGCAUUGCGAAAACAUCCAUAAAAUCAGCAAGCCUUUUAAAUGCAACCAUUGUCCGAAGACCUUUUCCAAGCUGCGCCUUUUAAUCAGACACGAGUGGAAACACACGGGUCAUCUACCGUUCCGGUGCGCUCAGUGCGGCUGGCGAUUCAAAAACGACGCAGAUCUCAUUUCCCAUGAAAGAGUGCACACGAGAGAGAAACCCUACCUGUGCGCAGAGUGCGGCAAGACUUUCGCCCAGAGUUCCAACUUGUUGCGGCACUUGAAUUUCAUCCACAGCGAGUCUCGAAAUGAGAAGAGGCAUUCUUGCUCCGAGUGUGAGAAAUCCUUCAAAGACAAAGGAGCCCUGAAAAAACACCAGAAAAGCAAACACUUGCACGAAUUGUUCCGUCACCCGUGCUCGUUCUGUGGAAAGAUGCUCUCUGCAUCAACAAUAGCAAGACACAAAUUAAUCCAUACGGGAGAGACGCCUUUCAAAUGCACCAUGCCUGAAUGCAACAAGGCCUUCAGGUCAACUGCUGAAGUGAAGAGGCAUGUCCUCAUUCACCAUACUACAGAGAGACCAUUUAAAUGUGAUGUCUGUGGGAAGGGCUUCAUAAAAAUGUGUUAUCUCAACGCUCAUGCUAAAAUACACUCCGGAGAGAAGCCAUUUGUUUGCCAUAUCUGCGGCAAGGCGUUCCCCAAGCUCUACAGCAUGCGAAGACACAAAAAACUUCUACAUACUUUUGUAACGCAGUAGCCCCACAUGGUUAUUCAUUGUUAAACCGAGCAACAAUUUUACACAUCAAAGUGUGUUUCGAGCUUCUGGGUAGUAGUACAGCUUAAACAGUUGUACAAGGCCAUUAGUGCCUCUAGAGGGAGCUGUGCAAACUCUGAUAAAUCUCCCCAAUAGAUGUCACUUGAGUCGGUUACGGCUGAAGACUACAAGUUUGAAAAUGAAAAAAAAAACCUGGGGUUGUGGAGUUAAUUGAGCUUACCAUAAGCAAUGCAUUGGGUGACAUCACGAUAGGUUUACAUUUAGUUUUGAGAAGGAAAAAGAAUGUGUGGAAUAAAAAAGGCAUUAUAUGUGGUUCUGCUGCAUUGAUUUUGAUCCAUUUUUAAAAAAUGGCCAUUGUGAGUCCAACAAUGUUACAGAAGUGUAAUGCAAUAUUUCUACAGUACUUUUUUAAGCAUUACAUUAGUCAAAUCUGAUCUCGUCACAGAUUAUGUGUAUCACUCACUGCAAUUUGUGGCAUCUUUGUUUACUGUGUAGCUAGUUUCUAUUUUUCUUUAUUACAUUAAAAUGAUUGAAUUAGUCAUAUUGACUGUGAUUUGUAGUUGCUGACUGAUCAGUUGUGACAGUCCCUGUCCAACAUGCUGAUGUGCUGAUGUGGUGGACAAGUUAUAGUUUUUCCUAUGUGUCCCUGAAGGUACCAUCAGCAGCGAACUGAUUUGGAGCAUGUGGGUCAGGUGCUCCUAAAGGAUAAAAACCCUGUCCCAGCUUUGCCCGGGUCUCUCUCAUUUGGCUGCAUCCCCGCCAGCAGCAGCAUGUUCUCAGCUUUUGUUUGAUUUCUGCUUUGUUUUCACUUGACAACAUUUACAUUACUGAUGUUACUGACUGACACACUCCACAUUUGUACUUAUUACCUCAGUUGUUUAAGUUACUAUAAUAAAUGGCUGAGGGAUACUUCA